ACGUGCUUCAUUCACUUCAGCUGCACAGGUUGUAAAGGAAGGGGAGAAAGAGGGAGAACAGGAGAGGUAGAGGAGAAUACUAGCAACUGCUGGUGAGGGAAAGAGGACAGGAGGUUAUCAAGAGAGAUUGUGUUCAGUUUAGUGUUUUUCUAAGUGAAGGAGGGCAUCAGGGUGUGAAGGAGUGAGGCAGGAGAGAGGAGACAAGUCGUCAGGAGUGGGGCUACCCAGCAGUGGGAGGUUCCUCCAGGGAGGUUAUAGUGAUCUUCAGCAAGACCUCUCCUCCACUGGGAGUUAGACACCCAGGAUCCAGAGCCAUGGAUCCCUCUGUGUCGACCGAAGUUGAGGGGGAGCCCAAGGAGAGGAAGAAGAUCCAUUUUGCUAUGCCGACCACUGUCCCCACCAAUCUGGACCCUCGGCAAGUGGAGAUGAUCCGACGCAGGAGGCCAACCCCUGCCACACUGUUUAGAGUAGCCGACCAAUCAUCUCCUGACGAUGAUCAGUCCACCCAUCAGGUAAAGUGGGUCGUAGGAGAGAACGGAGUGCUCAAACCAAAACGUGUCAAUCCAAACGUGUAUCAGCCUCCAUCACUCAAAGCCGUGCAGAAGAUGGCCGAAGCACAAAUGCAGCACCUAGGUAUCUACCCCCCUUUGGAAGACCCUUGUGAAGGGGAGGAGGAUGGGGACCACUGGCAGGGAGAGGAGGGAGAGGACACAUCUCCCACCAAAGCUGCUGACCACCAAGAGACGGCGACCACUGAGCAGUCAGUCAAGUUUUCCAGCGUGAGAGAGACGGCCAAGCAGAUCCAAGCAGCACCGGAGGAGGAGGAGGAGGAGGAAGAGGAGGAAGAGGGGGCCAGAAUCAAAGAAACAACAGUGGAGAACAGUAGGGGCAGUAACUGAGAGAGAGAGAGAGACAGAGAGAGGCUGGGUUGGGUAAACUGGGGAGAGUGAAGGUGUUUUGUCAAGUGGUUUAAAUCUAAAGAACUCAGAAGAGGCGAGCUAACAGGUUUGUGCUGCUCUGUGGAUGUGUGAAGACGAGUGAGGAUGAGAAAGAUACUUCCAUUGAGAGUGAGCAAAGAUCUCUCUACUACUUCACCUCUAUUGAAGGUAACGGUGGAUUAAAGAGAGAACAGAGAGGCAGUUUGUGUGUCAGGAGUCAGCCCGUAUGAGCAGGUGAGGAAUGAUCUACAGACGCCACUUUGGCCCUGAUGUCCCUUUGUACUGAGAGCGAAGGGGCCAACGAGGUCAACAUGACCAAAUACCCUGUAAGACCAGUCCUCCCUCUACCUUAAUGCUUCUGCACAGAGCUAAAUGUUCCUUUAAAGAGGGUGAUAGUUCCACAAUAAUCAUACUCGCACACAUAUAAACUCUCUUGGACACAUUAAUCAACCUUUUCUAAAGUACUUGAAAGUCUUUAAAUGUGUGCGAUACAUUCUACACUUUAUUUUGAAACAUCUCCGUUCUGAUUUGCAGCAUAUUCAAUGUUGAGAUUAAAUGUACAUGCACUGCCAUCUCGUGGCAGAAGUUUGAUCAAAAAAUUUAAAGUGAUACUCCAACCAAUCAAGAACUUAAAAUUGUAAUCCUUAAUAUUUUCAUGGAGUGAAAUCCAGUGUAAUGCUUGUUAUGGUCAACAAUGUUUCAAUGUAUUCAGAUUCUGUAAUCGUCUCUCUAUAUGGCAGUUCUCAGUGUUCGUGGCGGAGUCCGCCUCUCUCAUGAGGGAUUCAAAAUACCUAAAAACAAAGGAUGCACAGGAAACAUUGCUGCGUGUAAUCCUGGAUUACUGUUUUUUGAAUUUGUCUCAUUGAUAUCAGCCUAACUGUUUACUGUCCACUCUCCUAACACUGUAUCAGAGUUGUGUUAAGUUACCACACACUGAAGUCUUAUGGAUUAUAGCUUUAACCUCUUGAUUGCUUGAGGGAGAACUGCAGACGUAGUCGACUUUAAUUAAUUAAUUAAUUUCAUCAAAGCAUCCAAAAGUGUAAAAACACCCACAGAAACUUGUCAGACCAUUUCUGUAUCAUAAUCUGCUUCUACUCUGCCUGUUAGUUACAUCUUCCAAAAGUGAAUCUAUGAUAAAAAGAUAGACACCAGUAAUAUUUGGAGUAUCACUUUAGAUAAGACUCAGUAAUAAGAACCAAAAAGUUUUUGUCUAUAAUUUUGUUGAAUCCAUGAGUAAGUGAGUAUAUGUAUGUGGUUAUUUCAUACCACAGUAUGCUUACAAAGAAAUCUUUAAAGGGCAAAGCUACCUCUAAUUAGUUUAAAACACCCAACCGUUGCCUCCAUGCAUCAGACAUUUAAACUGGAUUCAUUGUGAACUUACACCAUGUUAAGGAAUCAAAAAAUGUGAUUUAAAAUCCAAUACUGUUGAUUUAUUAGUGCUCAUGCAUUCCCUUUUGUAUGUUGACAAUUUUCUAUUGUCCUCUUUUUGACUGUGCAUCAUGGAUAUGUUGUAAGAGCUAUUUUUCUAAUCUAAUGUCCAGUGUUUGAGUAGCUGAGCGCUGUCAAUGUUUCUACUGUCUACGGUUACUGACUGACAUUUGAGCAAAAUGGUCACUGCACAAACUUGCUGUUUUUAUCAUCUGGGCUGCAGUUUGUACAUAAAAACUGUGUUAAACUUUGACCCCUGACCUGCCCAAAUAGUGGGAUGACUGGACGUGACUCUGCGGCCGAUGGCGUCAUCUCUCCUCCGCUCUCUGUUCACCUCCGCUUUCCACCCCGGUCAGAAGAAAACAACCAAGACAUGUAUGAACUCUAAUGCUUAGGCUGUCUUUAUUUUUAUUUCAUUUUUCUCUAUUCUCUUGUUUCUCAAUGUAAUGUAGUUGUUUUAAAGUGAGCAACAAUAUGAUAUCAAAAUAAACAGUUUUUCCUUUUCUCCUUUAAACUGAUCCGAACGUAA